AGACGUAAUAUAAUUUAAGACAAAAAUCGAUCUUUACAGCAGAAAGGAAGCACAAUGGGGCGGAUUGGAAUGCAGCCCAACGGCGCCAGCGUUUGAAAACUCGACAAUCUGAUUUGCAUGCUUCCGUGUCUGCUGUUUCUUUUAAUUCUGUUAAUUUUGGCAUCUUGAAUCGGUUCUACUGGUUUUAAAUCAUGGGGGUUCACGACCUGUGGUCCAUCGUCGAGCCAGUCCGCGAGUCGGUGCCUCUGUACAGUCUGAGCGGAAAGACUCUGGCGGUAGACCUGAGCUUAUGGGUCUGUGAGGCUCAGCAUGUCCAGGCUAUGAUGGGCAGAGUUACGAAGCCGCAUCUGAGGAAUUUAUUUUUCCGAGUGUCGUCGCUCACACUGAUGGGGGUGAAGCUCAUCUUUGUCAUGGAGGGAGAAGCUCCCAAACUUAAAACAGAAACGAUGAGCAAAAGGACCGAAAAGAGAUUUGGAGGAUUCACAAAAGCCCACGUCUCAAAGUCUGCCACAAGUACCAGCAGGGGGCGCUUUAAUGCUGUACUUCGAGAGUGUGCAGAGAUGCUGGACUACCUGGGUGUGCCCUGGGUGACAGCUGCAGGCGAAGCAGAGGCCAUGUGUGCUUACCUGGACUCAGCGGGGCUGGUUGACGGCUGCAUCACCAACGAUGGAGAUGCAUUCUUGUACGGCGCUAGGACGGUCUACAGGAACUUCAACAUGAACAGUAAAGACCCUCAGGUAGAUUGUUACCAAACCUCCCGAGUGCAAACCGAGCUACACCUGUCAAGAGAGAACCUCGUCGGGUUGGCCGUUCUCCUCGGCUGUGAUUACAUUCCUAAGGGUAUACCUGGCGUUGGCAGAGAGCAGGCCCUGAGGCUUAUACAGACACUAAGAGGACAGUCGCUUCUGCAGAGGUUCAAAACGUGGGAGCGCGAGCGUGCAGACAUGCCUGACGUAAAUGUAAAGAAGGUUCCUCACUGCAACCUGUGUCGACAUCCAGGGUCAGCCAAGGCGCACGAGCGUGGCGGCUGCGUGCUCUGCGACAGUCAGCGGUUCUGCCAGCCUCAGGACUUCGACUACCAGUGUCCGUGCGACUGGCACGUCUACGAACAGAGCCGCCAGGCCUCGUCUCUGGAGGCUAGCGUCAGGAAGAAAACACUGGCGAAUCAGCAGUUCCCGUUUACAGAGAUUAUAAACGAGUUUCUGGUCUCCAAGGAUAAACCUGUGGCUCAUUUUAAGCGGAGGCAGCCAAACAUGCUGCUCAUGCAGAAAUUCGCCUAUGAGAAGAUGGAGUGGCCAAGGCACUACACCAGUGAGAAAGUUUUAGUGCUGAUGACCUACACUGAGCUGAUGAACCGAAAAUGCAGAAGAGACGUGCCAUCUCAAAUCCAGCCUGUUCGAAUACUGAAGCCAAGGGUGAGGAACGCCGUCGCAUGCUUUGAAAUCAUCUGGAGCACUCCAGAACAUUAUGUGUUCCCGGAGGAGCGACCCACAGAGGACCAACAUGAAGUGAGGACGAUGGAGGAAGAGUCGCUUUUCCGCACGGCUUUCCCCGAGAUCGUCGAGCGCUACCUAAGAAGCAAAGCUCUGCUUGAAGAAAACAAAACAAAACAGAAGAAAGCAAGAAGGAAAAAAGAGAAACCAUCUGAUAUUUCUGAUGGUGUCUCGGCUCUCUUGGCUGAGAUGACGCUUCAGACUUCAUCGGUGAACGGGUCCGCUCAGCAACAAGCUGCGCUCCCUUCCCUUCCUUCACUGUCUGAAAAGGCAGAAGCGGCCAUUUUGGACACUCCGGUGAAUUGUAAGCAACAUCGGAAAGACGGAGACCAGCAGCCCCGCGACACUCCGCCCGCUGGCGAAGCAGAAGCCGCCGCGUCACCUUCUGUCUCCGCCGUCAUUGACGCUUUGCACCUGAGCGACAUCGACUGGGACGUUUCGUCUUUCACUUCCUCGCCGUCCUCACAGGCGAGCCAGGCUGCAGAGCCCGAGCGAACAAAGACCCCAGACGGGGAAGAAUCAACUCAAGCUGGAACCAAACAGCCAGAGCUGUGUUACGCCGAGUGUCCUCUAAGAGACAGAGUCCUCAUGAGGAACGCGGACAAGUCUCUGAAAAACCCAGCUGUGAUUUCAAAGCAUCCGAACCACGGGUUGGUCAGUUCGCUUGGAAAACAAAGGGGAGAAAUGUCCAGUAAAGGCGGCGGCGGGUGCAACAUGUCGACUGGUAACAAACAGGAAACGCUUAAAGUGUUAAAAGAAAGAAUUAAAAGCUCAGAGGAGAAAGAAACUGUGUCGACUGAAGCUCAAAGCAAGACGAAGGAGAAGUCUAACGGCCGCGAAAAGCCUCCGAAGAAAUAUAAAUUUGUUAAAACAGCUUUGUCUUCAACCUCUGCUCUGCCACAGAGAUGCCAUUCUGACCCAGGACGAGGGGAGAAAAAGAGCAGCAGCGUGUCGCAUUCCUCCAAGAGGAGUGUGUGCGUCAGCCUGUGCUCCUCCAGUGAGGACAGCGACGCUGAAAACCAGCAAUCUGGCCCUCAACGCCAAGCAGAACCGAAUCUGUCAAGCAAGAGUAAGAACAGCUUAAUACCAGACUUCCAUCCGAAACCAGUUUCCUGUCAGCUUAAAGCUGCUAAUCCAGUUCUGAUGAUUGGAGGAAAGUCACGUGGCCACGGGGGAAAGGUCGAAGGUGAAACAAACAGCCGUCAGGACGUCCGGACAGCGACAGUGAGAGUUGAUGAGAUUCUCCAGACUCCAGCUUCACCGGUCGUCACGUUAGAUGGUGAGGAUUCGGUCAUUUGUAGUGAUAGUCCACUGCCGCUGGCUGAGAGACUGAGACUGAAACUUCUUUACUGAGCAGCGCCUGUCUUUGUCUGAUCAAAAGGGCUUUUUAUCUGUAACUCACAACCCAUUUGCUUCUAAUUAGUUCAGUAAUGUCUUUAGAUUUUUGAUUAAAGAUGGUAAACAUGCUUUUUACAAAAAGUAAAACGCUGGCGAUCAGAUUAUGUUUUGAAGAUUGUGACCCAGUUUGAGUUGUAUUUGUCUGUUGUGUGUCUAAAAAUAAAUUUAGACGGUU